AUGCAGCGAGUUGUACCACAGCUGCUCCACCAGGCUGCUCGAAGGAGCUAUGCGACUCAGCCGACAGCCAAGUCUGGCGGUGGAAGCUCUCCACUCGUCAUUGGAGGCGCUGCUCUCGCCGCCAUCGGAGGUGUAGCUUACUACUUCCAGUCGACCGGCAAGGAUCCCAUGAAGACGGCCAUUGCGCUCGAGGAUAAGGCGAAGAGUGCGCUCAAUGAUGCAACAGGAAAGGUGACGUCGGGGGCCCAGACAGCCUCCGGGCUCGUGCCUGCGCUCAACAAGGACGAAUGGAGAGACUUUGAGGUCGCCAAGGUCGCCCCCUACAACCACAACACGAGCGUCUUCACCUUCAAAUUGCCCGAAGGCACAGACUCAGGACUCACUGUGGCCUCUGCUCUCCUCACAAAGUCGGCCGACGAAGGCAAGGGCCUCGAUAAGAACGGCAAGCCUGCGGUGCGACCCUACACGCCGACGACCGCGCCAGGCACGCAGGGGGAGAUUCAACUGAUCAUCAAAAAGUACAAGGGUGGUGCCAUGACCGAGCACAUUCACUCCCUCAAAGCGGGCGACAAGCUCGCCAUGAAGGGGCCAAUCCCCAAGAUCGCUUACAAAGCCAACGAAUUCGAGACUAUCGGCAUGGUCGGCGGCGGCAGCGGCAUCACGCCCCUCUGGCAGGUCAUGCAGGCGAUCGACAACAAUCCGGCUGACAAGACAAAGGUCGUCUUGUUGUACUCCAACGUCACCGAACAGGAUAUCCUGCUUAGAAAGGAAUUCGAGGAUAUGGCCAAGCGCAAGCCUGACCAGUUCAAGAUCCACUUUGUACUCGACAAGCCACCGAAGAAGUGGGCAGGUCCCACAGGCUAUAUCGGACCGGUCUUGCUCAAGGACCAUAUGCCCAUGCCCGGCAACGCGGACAAGAUCAAGAUUCUCAUCUGCGGGCCGCCCGGUCAGGUAGAGAUCCUGGCGGGCACGAAGAAGUCGCCUUCCGAUCAGGGUCCGCUCAAGGGCCACUUUGCCGACCUUGGCUAUUCGCCAAGUCAGAUCUACAAGUUCUGA